GCUAGGCAGACCCGUUAUUUUAUGGCGCAUUAAAUUAACCACGGUGGGGAUGAUUUCAAUAUGGAAUGAGUCCACUCUCUGUCACUCACACGGUAUAAUUAUUGAAAAUAUGUCAUAUAUAAGGGCCUUGAAGGAAACUUAGUCAUUCGUAGAUCAAGGUUCUUUGCUGGGGACCGCCGAACAAGUCUGUGACUGCAGGUAAGGGACAAGGCAGUCUUUACGUAACAACAUGGCCUUCAGACUCACCUUAACGCUGUGCCUUGCGUUGGCCGUCUUAGAUAGAGUAUACAGCUUGCACAUAGGAAACUCAGGGUACGGAGGUUAUGGGACAGGCCUGUACAACCACGGGCUCUCAGGCAUCGCUGCCGGCGGUGUUGCGGGUGGGUACCCAAACUACCUCGAUAACAGCGGCCUGAGUCGCUUUUUCUCCGCUGCUGGCAUUCGUAUGCCAGGUCUUAACGCUAACCUCGCCUCUCCAGCCAGUUUUAAUUUCGGUGUCCCACGCCCUGGGGGUUAUGGCUUCGGUGUAACCCCUGCUUACGGUGGUCCAGCGUACACCAGCCCUGCUUUCAGCUACGGCGCUGGCACUUACGGUACUGGCGUCGGUUCCCUUUACGGUGGUAAAUUAUAUGGAGAUGUCGGCGUUUACGGCGGAGACGCUGGUAUUUACAGCGGUGACGCUGGCAUUUACGGCGGCGACGCUGGCAUUUACGGCGGUGACACUAGCGGUUUCUACGGCGGAGACGUCGGCCUUGGUGACAGCUUCUACAGCGGCGGGCUUGGAAACAACCUGGGAGCGACCUACGGUGACGUCGGCACUAGCUACGGCCUUAAUCUCGACAACAUACCUACCGAGGUCUACGACCCUAGCGGCAGCCUGGUGAGCACCAUCCCUGCGGGAGACACCGGCACCUCCGUCUACCGUUCCCCAGUCGCAAGCAGCCGUCCAACCACUUAUUCCUCCACCAACGGCGUCACCUCCGUGUAUUCUUCCACUACCAGAUUCAGCGACCGCAGCGGUCCGUCCGUGGACGAAGGAGCAGUCUCAACAGACGCCAGGUCCUUCGAAGUGCCCGCCGAACCCAGUGAUCCUCUGCCCCUUGACGGCGCAUACCAAGGAAACCCAACUGUUGGGAACGCCAACGUGUACAGGCCACCUACCUACGGCACUACUAGCACAGUGUACGGAGACGGCACUAGCAUCAACUACAGACCCCCAGUGUACUCCAACGUGAACAGGCCACCUCCUUCUGGCGCUACUAGCACAGUGUACGGGGACAGCACGAUCAGCAACUACAGACCCCCAGUGUACUCUGGUACUGCAAGCAACACCAAUGCCUACGACUCCACCUCUCAGGCAACUGCGGGCGGACCCUCCCCUGUCCCUGUCUACACAGGCGCUACUGCUCCAAGCAGCCCAGCCAGAAGCGGCCCCACCCCUCUUUACAACACUCAACUUGGCCUCUUCCCCAACAACGCCCUCCAGUACACUGGCAAUACCGGAGCUAUCAACUUGCCAGCCAUGCCCAACGUCGGGUCCCUCCUGAGAGGGGGCGCUCCUCUCCUCAGAGGCGCCAUUGCGAACAGCCCCGUGUACUCCAAUCUAUUGCGCACCGCCAUCAACGCCGGCGUCUACGGCCCAGCACCAGGUCAACUUCCCACUGCUUCCGUUUACGGACAGGGUCUGGUCGGUCAGCAGCAGCCCGCUCGCUUCGUACCUGACGGAGCCGUUGUGCCGGGCGCACGCCAGGCCGCCGUAGAUGAGGGUGAUCAAAAACCAGACGAAGACGCCGGACCUGCCGUUGUAAACCAAGGACCAGGCAUGUACACCAACAAUGUCGUCAACCAAGGGCCCGGUAUGUACACCAGCAAUGUCGGCAACCAAGGGCCCGGCAUGUACGUCAGCGGUAUUGGGGCUGGGCAGCCAGUAGGGGCCGUGGUGUCUCAGACCGUCAACAACGCCCCAGCCGUAGUUCAGGGCUCCGACCCCAAAUUGGACAGCGACUUCGGAUUCAGCGCCGAUGGUUUCUACUACGAUAACGCUGGAGCCGACGCCGCCCCCCUCGUGGUCGGCUAUCUCAGUCACGGAUUUAGAAAAAGCUGCGGCAACUUUUACUACGACCCCCGCUACCAGGGCUGCUGUGACGGCACCACAUACGUUUACGGCACUCACAAAUGCUGCCCAGGCUACGGCGUCUACGCCAAGGCCAACCAGCAGUGCGUGAACGGCGCUCUUCAGGAAUACUCUCCCGUCUACCAGGCCUCCUGCUCGGGUAACUUCUACGACCACAAGACACAGGGUUGCUGCGGCGGCAGUGUGUAUUCUUAUGAUGGAUUUGAGUGCUGCGGCGGAACCACCAUCUACCACAUAGGCGACAUGGUCUGCGAUGGCGUCCAACUCUACAAUAUCGACAGCAACGCCUACACACAGCUUUACAAUGAAGCUUUCUACCGUGACUUCGCCAUGGGUGGCACCCAGUACAAACUCAGCCCAGGCGAUCGAGACAACUUCUUCGCCCCAGUCUGCGGCACCUCCCAGUACAUCGGCUUCGCCAGUGGCUGUUGCGAUGGCAACGUGUACAAAUAUGGCACCCAGUUGUGUUGCCAUGGAAACAGCGGCGAUGGUGCCCAUCAGUACUACGUCAGCACCGUGGAAAACGGUUGCGGUAACAACGCUGCGAGAUACUACGGAGAUUUUUACUCCAUGGCCAAAAAUAUGUAAACCUAAAACCCUUAAAAACUUUUACUUAAUACAGACUUCAAUGGCACAUCUGGCCGAGGGAUGACAUUAAGCGUGCGGAAAUAUUUGACUAUGAUAUAUAGAAAAAAAAAACACUUGUUGAAUUUGGUGAAUUUGACAGAGACACGCUAUUCUCCCUCUCGCUGCGCGAGAUUCAAUCUCUCAGAAAAAAGGCUUCUAUCAAGUCCUGGAAGCAUUAACCACGGGUAUCCAAAGCUUUAUUUAUUAAGGGACGCGGUAACGUUCAUUACAUGAUAGUCUUUAAAACCAUGUGAAACUUACUAGCUUUAAUUAGUCAGUCUUAGAUGCAAAUUUGUUCGUGAUCAUUUGCACAAUCGUUUCACGUUUCUUGUGAGCUUUAAUUAAACACAUUUCGAGAUCAAGCCGGGUAUCUUUUUAAAUAGAGCAGACUGGCUUUGAUUACCUGUGUGUUCGUUUCUUCAUAAAUGUACAAAUCAUAUGGGAAAUUAAACUUGUAUGUUUUUA